UUCACUUCCAUCAUGACGGCUUCAAUGAAAAGUGCCACGCUAUCUGCUCUCCUGCUAUGUUUCCUCCUCUACAUCGCGGACUCGUAUCAGAACACAGACAUGUCACGAAUGGGCUGCGGUGAAUGCACUCUGAGGAGAAACCCUCUGUUCUCUCGGGAGAGACCGGUGUACCAGUGCAUGGGUUGCUGCUUCUCCAAAGCGUUCCCCACUCCCCUGAAGUCCAAGGAGGCCAUGAUCGUGACAAAGAACAUAACAUCGGAGGCCACCUGCUGUGUCGCAUCACGUAGCACUCCGACCAAGGUUACCUUAGGAAACGGAAACACAGAGUUGGUGAAGAACCAGACCGCCUGCCACUGUAGUACCUGCCGUUACCACAGACAGUAG